AUGUCGUCCUACCCAAACGGAGACCCUCGCAGACCCGGUAAGAUACAUCGGUAUACACCCCCAUCCACAGACUCUAGCGGCGACCCUACGAUUGAAUUCGUGAGUUUUUUGGGGAUGGUUCUAAGCGUUGGAAGUGUUAUGUUUGAGAGCAAAUGGUGCGCUUGGAUUGCAAUCUUUUGCGCUCUGGGAACUUUCGGUAAUGCUCGAGCAUCAGAUGACGUCAAACAUCUCGUGACCAUGGCCUUGCUCGCAGUGUGCGUACUUGUAAUGUCCUACUUCCAUAACCCUGCACCCCUUACCAUUCAAAUUUAA